ACUUGUUCACCGAUCUCAUCCAGUGACGGUCUGUUGCUCGUUUCUCUGCGGAUCGCCGCGUGCGCGACGAGACCCGACGAUGGCAGAACGCGGCAUACGACUGACAUUUCAAUGCGGUUUGUGUAAGGAGCAGGUGCAAGUGAAUUCUAUGGAAAUGAGAGCUCUAUACGAUCAGGCAUUUCACUUUCUAGAACGCCAGUAUCCUGAUAAUGUCACUAAAUACAUUGACCUUCAAGACAACAUAAUUCUGAUGGUUCACAAGGGAGAGUCAAUGCAGACGGAGACGAUGGAAAUAGUGACGGACGUCAGCUCACUGAAGAUGGGAGAUCUCGUUGAGAUUGUCGUUUCUGGUCACGUGCAUGAGAUGAACACGAACAUUCGACCACACAUGUUAUUUGUUCAUUCGUACAAGUCACCGACGUUCUGUGACUUUUGUGGUGAAAUGCUGUGGGGUCUAGUGAGGCAAGGAGUCAAGUGUGAUGGUUGUGGGUGUAAUUACCACAAACGUUGUGCAUAUCGUAUCCCCAACAAUUGCUCACGAAAGAGAGAACAAAUGAGGCGACAAUCAGUGGCCGCAACGACCACCCCAAACCUGCCAUCUCAAGUUGAUAUUGUGUCGAUCCUUGAGUCUGCAAAAGUGCGACCGAAUCAGUUGACUGGACCGGGUGGGAAUUAUGUUGCUCGGCCGAUUGAGAUUGAUAUUUUUAUGAGGCCGCAUAUUAAGAAGGUCGUGCCGCAUCGGUUUGCGACGCACACGUACAAGACGCCGACUGUUUGUAUGUAUUGCAAGAAACUGCUUGUCGGUGUUGUGCGACAAGGCAAAAAGUGUAAGGAUUGCAAGUAUAAUGUUCAUAAGAGCUGUGAACGCUAUGUGGAUAUGCACUGUGAAAGACAGAUUCAAGACAACUUACGACAAAUGUCAUUGGUUGGCUCACGAUCUUCAAGCCACUCUGUAGAUGAUUCUGACUCUCUGAUUGUUGAGAAUCCUGUACUAGCAAAAGAUCCCGCUAGUUUGCAGAACAGUGGUGGAGCAACGAUUGUGGAGAAGGUUGUGCAUGUAGAUGUUCAUGUUGAUGAUCACGAGCAACGUGAACGUGCAAGCAGCGAGGAAGAAUUGAAGGAGAAUGGAACUGAGCAGAAACAGGAAGUAGAGAGUCCUGAUAUAGAUGACAGCGCUUCUGACUCAUCAUCGCUAGCUGAUGUUUCAUCUCAACGUCUUAAAACUGACACAUCAACUGUGUUCAUCCCUCUGACAAGGGUAUGCCAGUCAGUGAGGACGACGAAACGUUUUCUCAACAAAGUGCUGAAGGAAGGUCCGUUGAGUCACUUUACAAACGUGGAUCCGAAUAGAAAAACUCACUGGUGGUGUCUCGACACCAAAAACCUCUGCCUCUACAAAGACAACCAGAGCACCCACCCCACACUCAUCCUCCCCCUCAGCGAGAUCCUCGCCAUCGAGUACUCCAUCGACACUCCAGCAGCCAAACACAACUGGACACCUCACUGUUUCACGAUGCGAACGGCCAUCACAAUGUACUACGUCGGCGAGAACAAACGUCAGACAGGCUCGUGGGAUGCCUCACGCUUGUCGUUUGACAGUGUGGCUGGCACUCAGGAGACGAUGUCGUCUACACAGGUUGCUGAGAGUUGGGAGGAGGCGAUUCAUCAGGCGCUCAGGCCGGUGGCUCCAAGGUCGUCUGGGAGUAUUAAGAGGCGGUCGGGAUCGGAGAGUAAGCAGCAUGCGACGUCGGGUAGGGCUGGACAGGAGGUGGUGGAAGAGACGACUGUAGAGGAGGUGAAAGAAGAGGAGGAGGAUAUCGCACAACGUUAUCAACUAUUCACAAAUGAAAUCCUUGGUUCAGGUCAAUUUGGAAUCGUUUAUGCAGGAGUGCAGAGAUUGUCAGGCAAAGAGGUCGCCGUCAAGGUGAUCGAUAAGUCACGUUUUCCUACGAAACAGGAAACAGCCUUGAAGAAUGAAGUUGCUAUUCUGGAGCUUCUUGUACAUCCAGGCAUCGUCACGGUGGCUGAAAUGUUUGAGACUUCAGAAAGGGUAUUUGUUGUGAUGGAGAAAAUGAAAAACGACAUGCUAGAGAUGAUUCUCAACAACAGAAAGCCAAAAGGUCGCCUACCAGAACGAGUCACAAAAUUCAUCACGUUCCAGGUGUUGACUGCCAUGAAAUUUCUCCACACGAAGAACAUCGUCCAUUGUGAUUUGAAGCCGGAGAAUGUGUUGCUUGCCAGUGAGAGUUCUAUGCCACAGGUAAAGAUCUGUGACUUUGGUUUUGCACGAAUUAUUGGAGAAAAAUCGUUCCGAAACUCGGUUGUUGGCACGCCGGCUUAUUUGGCACCGGAAGUGUUGAAAAGCAGGCCGUACAAUCGAUCAUUGGACAUGUGGUCUGUUGGUGUUAUUGUGUAUGUAAGUUUGAGUGGCACAUUUCCGUUCAGCGAGGACGAGGAGAUUGCUGAUCAGAUACAAAAUGCUGCAUUUAUGUAUCCUGCUAAUCCUUGGGCAGAAAUCUCUCGAGAAGCUAUUGAUCUCAUUGGCAAACUUCUGCGUGUUGAUCAGAGAAGACGUUACACUGUAGCAAGAGCAGGAAACCACAUCUGGUUCCAAACACGCGAGGCAUGGGACGACCUUCGCAGACUAGAAGCCCAAGUAGGUCAACGCUACCUCACAGAUGAGAAACUUGAUUCCUACUGGCUGCAACAGUCAACCAACCCUGUUGGUCACAAUCCCAUCGACGACCAUCCAGUCGUCACCAACGGCUCCCAUUCUCUCACAACCGGAAAGAACGAGACAGAGACAGCAAGCAGUCGAGCAGAAACAAAGAAACAGAAUAAACCAGUCAAGAGCAAACGGGACGCAUUCAAAGCUUCAAAGAAAUACAAGACAGUCAGUGAAGGUUUGGCCGUACCGACUGGUGACGAUGACAGUCAUGCUGAAGAGGUAGAACGUCGUUUGUCGAAGCUCGGAUAUCAAGUCAGUCCAUUAUAGAAGAAUUAUGUCAAGCAUUAUUACAAGAGAUUGCAAGGGAUUUAGCUCAUCAUUUCUGAUCAUUUGCUGUACGUUGGAGCUGCAAUAUAAUUUAUGAUACGUAGACUCUCUGAUUCAAGUUGACUCAUCAUCACUAUUGUACGUAUUUUAAAAGACACAGCUGUCACGUGACUGCUGGUGACUUACCAGUUUGUAGGAAUGCUUUUAAAUGAAAUGAUUGUAGAAGAAUGUAUAGUUGAAGAAAGUUGAGAAGAGAAGCGUGUAUGGCGUUUUGACAUAGGUACUAAUAGAUGUGAUGUGUGUGUGUUAAA